AUGGAGGCGAUGACUGAGGAAAAGAUUCUCUCUUUCUUCCAGGGCUGCAUCCCCACUGACUUCAGCUCCAGAACCCAGACUCAGGCCGACCGCAUCCUUCGCCUGUUUGCCAAGGUCCGGGAGGAGCUGCUGCAGGAGCUGCAGAAGAUCGAGGGGGCGGAGUUCAAACUGGACACCUGGAAGCGUGCGGAAGGUGGUGGAGGCAUAAUGGUCGUAAUGUCUGAGGGGGACGUGUUGUCAAAGACAAACGUGGAUCUUUCCAUAGUGACCGGGAAGCUCCCUAUGGCUGUGGUUGAGCAUCUCCACCAGGCAGCCAAGAUGACUACCAGCCUGGAUGAUACUUUCACAAAGGACCACAAUUUCUUGGGUAUCUCCUUGAGCUGUGUAGUUCAUGCCAAGAACCCUCACGUGCCAGCUGGUGAAUUCAACCUGCGUUUCAUGGUAAUGAAACUCAACAAUGGUGCUGAGGUGGGCUGGUAUGGUGGUGUGAUGGACAUCAAUCCUUCCUAUCUGGUGCCAGAGGACGCAACCCAUUUCCACAAGACCCUGAAAGAUAUGUGUGACAAACACGAUGCCAGCUACUAUCCACGCUUCAAGAAGUGGUGUGAUGAGUACUUCUUCAUUCCACAUCGAGGAGAAACUCGGGGUCUUGGGGGGAUCUUCUUCGAUAAUUUGACUUCUAAGGAGGAGGGAAACUUCAACUUCCUAGAAUCCUGUGCAAACACCAUCCUCCCAGCCUACCUUCCAAUUCUAAAGGCCCGCAUGUGUGAUACUUUUACUGACCAGGAGAUAGCAUGGAGACAACUUCGAAAUGGCAGGUACACAGAGUUCAAUCUGAUGUAUGAUAAAGGCUUGAAGUUUGGCCUCCAGCUUCCAGGAUUCCAGAUGGAGACUCUUCUUGCCUCUCAGCCCCCUACAGCCUUGUGGGGCUACAAGUUGGACCCUGAACCAGGCAGCAGAGAGGAUGAGCUGGUGCAGGUGCUGCGCUGUCCUCGGGAGUGGGCCUGA